AUGUUGGCAAAUCCUUCGACGCCGGUUCGUAGGAAGGAUGAGAGUGACCGUGCAAUAGUCUUUCAAAUUUUCAUUCCGUUCGUGCUUUCAGGAUUUGCAACGAUUGGAACAGGAAUAUUACUUGAUUACAUCGAUCAGAAUGCGACUGUGUUCAAGAAAGUAAAUGCGACGACGAUUUUGGUGCCUGCUCUGUUGGGUCUGAAAGGAAAUCUGGAGAUGACUCUCGCAUCUCGUCUUAGCACCAAGGCCAACAUAGAUAACAUGGACACAACGGAAGAUUUUUGGAGCAUGAUCAAAGCUAAUCUCGCGCUAAUAGAGUUCCAAGCUAUUGUGGUUGGAUUUCUUGGAUCACUAGCUGCGUCGAUUAUAAAUGAGGCCAUCGAAUCUCAGACUUUCCACUUGGACCACGUUCUUCUCCUCUGCACAAGUAGUCUCGUGACCGCUUCCAUCGUCCAUGUCGCCCUAGGGAACUUAGUUCGCAUAUUUUACAUUAUUUUAAUUUGUGUAUCUGCAGGAGCGAUCACGAUAUGUGUCAUAAAUUACUCACGUAAGUGCAACAUCAACCCAGACAACGUGGCCAUACCCAUCGCGACCAGUCUAGGUGACUUUGCGUCCGUCGUCGUUAUAUUUUUGUCCACAACCUUGCUCUAUAGCGCUGAAGGAAGUUUAAGGUGGGUUGCAUCUUUAAUCUUCGUGGGUUUAGCGUUUCUCGCAGUGUUCUGUUUCCGGUACGCGAAAUGCAAUGAGCACACUCAAGAAAUGCUCAAAAGAGACUGGUGGUGGCUACCAAUGAUGGUUGCCAUAGCAAUCAGCGUCAUGGGGGGUUUCGUCCUACAAAAAACGGUCAAAAAGUUCAAAAAGUUCGCAGUCUUCCAAACAGUCAUCAAUGGUUCCUGCGGCAACCUGGUGGCUGUGCAAGCUAGUAAGAUUUCAACCUUUCUGCACAAGCACAUCCAGCCUGGAACGGUAGACGAGGAAAGCGGCAACACGCGACGAAUAUUUGUUUCGCUUGAACAUACCUUGUACGGUAUUAAUAUAAUAUCGCGUACUUGCCGCUUCAUAUUGGCUAUGGCGUUUCCUGGACACAUGAUUUUCCUCUUUUUCGUUUACAUAACUAGACGCGUGCACAUGUCGUGGGUGUUUUUAACUAGCUACCUCAUUGUUGCAGAACUUCAGGUUUGUGCUUUAAUAUAUAUUAAAUAAUAGAUUAGUAAUCAAUUAAUUUCAAUCAAAAUUUGGAGCUCUAAAUUGGUUAAACACAGCACAUGAAAUUACUCCUACAAAUUUGCAACUAGAAAAAUGACGAUUUAUAAAGAUUGAAAUUAAGUUCUAAUAACUUGAAAAUUGUGUUCACAGGUUGGCGUAAUGCUUUAUGUUGCAUACGUCAUUACCCACGUGUUGUGGAAGUCGAAAUUUGAUCCAGAUACCUCAGCAAUACCUCUGUUAGCUGCUUUGGCCGAUUUAGUAGGCGCAGUUUUCCUUGCCUUUGUCUUUAACGUUCUGAACAUUACUGGAGCUGAAUUUCCUGGCGAUGAUCUUUCCGGGACCGAAAUGCUACUACGACAGUAGCGCACAAUUUUUAAAUUAUAUGAUAAUGUACUCUUAAAACAAAACGAAAGCGCUCUGAGUUUUCGCCAUCUCAAAAGAGGUAAACUAAUCAAAUAAAUAUGACUCCUUUCCUGCGCAUCAGUAUCUGAAGAAAGGUGGUUAGGUUAUCAAUUAACAUUUCUGCAUUUAUUCAUAUUUAAUAUUAUUGAGUAGCAAUCAAUAAUUAAAUUCUGACAA